UCUCGGUUCUGGGUUCUCGGUUCUCGGCAUUUGUUCUCUUUUGUUUUCCCCGGUAGUUCCAACUUAUUUACUGAUAAAAGAAAACACUAAAAGCAGCCUUGAAAAUGCAUGUACGCAUACAAUAUAGACAUUUUGGUAAUUGAUUUUCCAUGAAUCAGUUGGGUUUGUCCAGUAGGUUGGUCGUUUCCUAUCUUUCAUCCACUACUUAAUGUUAUCAGAAAGCAAUAAUUACUUCUUAUCACUACUAGCGUCAAAGCUUCGAUAGCGUUUGCUGUUUAAUAACAUUUGUGGGUCAAGUUUCCUUAGAAUGAUAUGGAUUCGUACCGACCACUAAUAAUCUAUUAAAUAAAUUGAUUUCGAGGAAUUGCCCUUAUCAAUUAAAAAUCACUUAAAGUUGCUUAUGCUACUAAAAAACCACCUUUUUUUGGGCUUUUAAAAGUGUUUUUCUUCCAUUGGGUAUUAUGUGUCAAUAUAAAUUAAAAAGCAUUUCAAUUGUUUAAAGACGACAUAAUGAUAAAUUCAUGAAUGCAGGUAAGCUAAAGAAUUGGCAAUCAAUUUUAUUUCCGUGUUUUAUUCACUUUAAAGAAAUGCCAUUGUGGUUUCCCUUUAUACCAAGAGCCCACUGUAUCUUUGAAUAUCUUAAACAUUGUAGACGUAACUUUUGUUUGAUCAACUGGUUGCGUUUUAGAUCUCAAUAUUCCAAUUCGACUUUAUUCCUCAGUUCCGAUUCAGUCAUCAAAGUGUGAAGUGUGAUAAAAAAUGAUAUCAACCAAAAUUCGGCUGCCCUGGUCCUCCAAUAAUGUGCCACUAAGUCAAUUGAUAUUGACAGUUCUCCUCUGUCUAAUUGUGUUUUUCGGCCUGGCUAAGCUCGUAUCAAUUCCACUGCGCAUCGAUGACUUCGAUAGCUUCCGACUGAACCCUGCUCAGGAUGCCCAAUUAGCAGGUCAAGGAUUUGGCAAAUCCGAGAUGAGCCCCUGAACCCAGCAAUCAUCAAUUGCGAACUGCUGUUUGUGGAGGAGAACCCAUUUCACAUGUGGGUGGGCGGGACAAACCUCAAUGUUUGCCCGACUUGCCAAGCGGAAUUGCAAUUGUAAUUGCAAAUUAAUUAAAUUUAGGCACAAACAAGUUGUCGGGCCUCCAGCGCAGUUCCAAUUCAAUGUACAAUUGCAAUUAAACGCAAUUUAACAGCAUAUUUGCUUAUCAUCGUGGCCGACUGGGAAAAUAAAACUGCAGUUUUCCAUGCAUUCUGGCCGCCCGAUUUACGUGGCGGGAAUACAAACAAGAAUUCGCUGUCAAAAGCAAAUAUUUUAUCUAAAAAUAUUCUAAUUUUAGACCCACUGCCAAUGUAAACCCAUUUUAAAGCAGCGCAGUGCCAAUUGAAAAAUUAGUAGGUGAACAAAAAAGAAAAUGAUAUAAUAACAUGUUGUUCGGUAACACGAAUGCGAACGUGACUAUAAUUCAUCCUGUCUAGCUUUAUAUUUUACUGUACUAUUUGCUAUCUAUUUUGAUUAGGUUUAUUCAUACAAUUACGCUAUCGUGUUGUUAUCAUUGAAAAUUUGGGCUGGUUGGGUAGUCGUAUAGAGCUAUAGAUAAUAACACUUUAUAACGCCAGCUUAUGUCGGAAGGAAAUCAAGCGAAUUGCCAUGAAAAGAUUUUAGUAAAAAUAAAUAUUUAAUAAAAAUAAAAUCAAAUGUUGCCUAUAAUUCAUCUUGUAAAUCUGUAUAUACACUUCCAAUAAGUUUUUAAUGACAAUUUUUAUAACGCAAUAGACAAUAAAACUUCAUGACACUUUAUGAAGAAAUCAAAAUUACUGCUAUAAAAAGGUAAAGCAGGUUAUUAACAGAUUGUAAAAUAUAAUAAAGUUAUCUCAAAACAUUACAAAAACCAUAGUUAAGAAAUCUAGGCCGUGACAUAGAAUGUUUUAUCUACCAUAGAAAAUAACUUAGAUAUGAAUUUAUACUAUCCUUAGUUUGCUUACUUCCAAAGCAACAAUAGAGAAAAUGCAUAUUUUCUUCAACUGUUUGCAAAUUGUUUAAAGUUUAUGACUGUUUAAGAGCUUUUUAAAUUAAGCACCGACGUAAGAAUAAUAAUUAAUCACAAACGUAUUUAAGCUAACCCAUUGAUUGUUUUAGAUGGAGAACUAUUUUGUAGUCAGUAAUUGGUAAUGGAGCAGAUGUUACGUGAAAUGCUGUUAAAAUUAAUUCAUUAUUAUGUCAUUCAGUUAAUAGAGUAUAAUUUAUUGCUGCCCUACACUCGCAUAAGCGUGACUGCCCAUUCAUCGUACUUUGGAAAAAAGCGGAGCCCAAACCAAAACCAGAAACCAGAAACCAAACCAAUUGUUAAAUUGUUUUGUUAGAGCCGCUGUUCAUCUGCGGUCAAUAAAAUCAGCCACGCUCUA